AUGAACCAUAAUAAUACAGACACAACUCAUAUAGAAAACAAUAAUCAAAAUCAACAAUACGAAUGUCCAGUCUGUAGCGAGUUAUUGUAUGGUAUAGUUCAAUUAAAUAGCCAUUUAGAUAUACAACAUGGCUUUGCAGAUGACUCUCAACUAACUUCUUCAACUGCUAAUUCUUCAACAAUUUCUCUACCUUCCCAUUCAACAACUAACACACAAACCAAUAAGAAACAGGCAAAAUCACAUAAUUCGAAUCAUAAUAGUAAAAGAAUCACUCCCACUCAAAGUGCCACCAAGCAAAUUGGGUUUUCGCCCAAUUCUAUUCAUAAAGAAACAGAAAAAAGUAUCAGUAAUGAUAGUGAAACCAGCAGUAUAAAUACUCAUAAAAAUUUUCAUCUAAAGAUUUCACAUUAUCAACCACGACAUUCUACUAAUAAUUGUACCACAUGCGGUAAAAUUAUUGACUUUAAACAUUCAAUAAAUUGUAGAAAAUGUGGGAAGAUUCAAUGUUUCAAGCAUUGUCGAAAUGCAAUAAAAUUAAAUAAAAAUGCAGAAUACGACCAUUCUAUCAGUGGUGUUUGGUGUAGGUGUUGUCAUAAAUGUUUUAUUGAAAAACCAGGAUAUAACGACUUUGGAUUAGUUGUCGACAAAUUUGAAAGUUUCCAAAAACAACGCACAUUAAAAAACAAUGACAAGGAAUUAAGAAUUUUACAAUUGGAUUUAAGAUUAGUUAAGCUAGUUAAUGGUAUAAACAAGAUAUUAGAAAAACAUAAAUAUACACUCUUUUCCAACAUACAAAUUAACUCAGAUAUACGAUCAUUAGAACAACAACAAAUUGUCCCUUGGGACAUGGAAGCUACGAGUUGUGGUAUAUGCUACUGUGAUUUAUCCACUGCUAGUUUAUUGUUUGUGAAAAAACAUCACUGUAGAUUAUGUGGUACAUUAAUUUGUGAUAAAAUGACCUGCUCCAAAGAAUUCCCACUUUUAUUAAUAUGUGCCAUUAUUGAAAGUGCGAAUGAAUAUGGGAAAUCAAAAUUGCCGAUGGAUACUCGAUUAGCUAAAAAUAAUGCGACUAGAUAUCCUGAUUUGCAAAUUAGAUUAUGUAGCAACUGUAUUCAAUUAACAUUUACGAAAAAAAAAUUCCAAAUGGAUUUACAGCAGGCACCAUCGCCACUUUUAGAGUAUUGUGAAAAAUUGUACAACUUGAGAAAAGUUUUGGAUUCAAUGAUACCAACAUUUUCAGGACUUUGCGAUAACAUAAUAGAGUCAUCACUGAAGGGUUGCAAUAAUCCCAAUGAUUUGGAGAAUUCAGAACAAUUUAUUAAGAUGAAGGGUAAAAUUUUUGAACUUUUUUUUAGGUACGAAGAGGUAUCAAACUAUAUAGAUAAAUUGACUUGUAGUACGGAUUCUGAGAAGUUAAUGCGAAGCAAUAUUAAAACUUAUUCAGCAAUUUAUAUUGCUGAAAACUUUGUUCCUUUACGGAGUAAAUUGGGAGCUAUUUUACAGAAAGUAUUGGCGAAAGAACAGAAUAGCAUAAGUAACAAUGAUGAGAUGAGAAACAUUGAAGAUAUUAAAAAAAUCAAGAAAUUUAGAGAAGAACUGGUAGUUUUACAAGAACAGAAAUUUCUAGUUGAAAAGAUGAUGGAUACGGCCAAAAGAAAUAGAAAAUUUGAUGAAUUGGAAGUUUUAAAGAAAAAUUUGGAUGAGAUUAACGGAUACAUUGAAGAGACACAAGCACAAUUAGGCAAUGAAGCUUUUGUUAGUUUGUAA